CACACCACCACAACUACUCACUCCUAAGUGAUGAUGUAACCGUGGUCGAAGUGCUACUUUCAUUUUCUGAAAAUCAGUGGAUUUUUUUUCGUUUUUUGCUUGGCGAAGCAGCUGAUGCAUUUUCCGUUCCAACCUUUUUGGAAUAAUUUAACUGCUGGGAUCUAGAUGCAAUGUGCAAGAAAUUUCCAAUUCUAAACAAUACCAGGAAUCUCAAAUAUUAGCUCUUUAUGUAAUACUUGAUAUAGCAAAAUCGAGACCCUUAUAUACAUUUCAAAAUAAUGAUCAUCUGAAGAAACGAAAUUGUGUUUAACCCGUGCAGCUUUGGCAAAAUUAGAUGCAUGCUUUGCAGUUUCGUAAAACUAAUGGCGUACGUGGUUAAAAUAUAUCGUUAUCUAAGGUUUAUAGAAGACUUUAUUUCACGUUUGCAUUCAUCUUAUAAGAGGAGCAGUGCAAAAUAUUAAAGAAUACCUGGAAAUUGACUAUGUGUGCACCGAACAGAAGACCCUUUGUCCCUACUAAAUAUGGCGACCACUGGUUCUGCUUUGCAUACCGAACAAAUGUUUCGAGCAGCUUUUCGGACCAGCGAUGCACUGACUGAUGAGAACGACGAGCGCAUCCUCGGAUCUCUACGCGCGCGUCACAUGUGCACAGGCUUUAUUAUCCGAAGAUAACGCACGUCGCUGGAGCUUCAUGCUGUUUCGAUUAAAGAUUUUGCUGAUUUUGUACAAGCAAGUCCUUUCAUCACCUUUAAUCAGAAGACCUGUGUCAUGGAACACAGAACACAGGAAUUGAGAACUACAAGGCAUGUUGAUUUUGAAAAAUAUUUUUUGCAUGCAAAUCUUCUCAAGAGGCAUAGUUCAUCAUAAGGAAACCGUUUCAUUACUAGAGGAAUCUUGACCCACGAACAGUCAAAGAAGAGAUUGCUGAAAAGAGAACAAACAUAACCUGUCUAAAGUGAAAAUGUCUGUUAGCAGAUUAAUGGUAUACCUGUGAAAAACUGAACAUUGGAUAAAAUGACUGUCUGUUCCCCUAUGUGUGUACUGUUCAGCCAGGUUGGAACACCAAUUAUUUGAAUCUUCCAGAGAUUCAGUUUAUCCAUCAAUUUCAACAACACUUCAGUAGAAACUACACACUGGACAAAAGAAGAGAAAUCUGUCUUACCUCACCAAGCUUUUAACAAAAUGGCAUUAAUUGAGAUGUACUUCUUGGUGUUCAUAGCCAUGGACAUUCUUAAGAACUUUGCAGAAGGGCACAGUAUGUUUGCAUGUGAACCAGUCACAUUACGGAUGUGUCAAGAUUUGCCAUAUAACACAACAUUUAUGCCAAAUCUACUAAACCACUAUGACCAACAAACUGCUGCUCUUGCAAUGGAGCCUUUCCAUCCAAUGGUCAACCUUCAGUGUUCAGCUGAUCUACGAUCAUUCUUAUGUGCUCUCUAUGUUCCUGUGUGCACUGAAUAUGGCCGUGUUUCCCUACCCUGUCGACGUCUCUGCUUACGAGCUCAUAGCGACUGUUAUAAACUCAUGGAAAUGUUUGGAGUUCCCUGGCCUGAAGAGAUGGAGUGCAACAGAUUUCCUGACUGUGAGGAAUCAUAUCCACGUGCAGUUGAUCUUCUAACAAAUAUGGAUAAUGCAGAAGAAUCCUCUGUGGCAGUGCAACGGGAUUAUGGAUUUUGGUGCCCACGAGAGCUAAAAAUUGAACCUGACCUGGGAUAUUCAUUUUUAGGUGUGCGUGACUGUUCACCACCUUGCCCUAAUAUGUACUUUCGCAGAGAAGAGCUGUCCUUUGCACGUUAUUUUAUUGGCGUUAUCUCCAUAGUAUGCCUCUCUGCCACGCUGUUCACAUUCUUGACUUUCCUUAUUGACGUUACUCGCUUCCGUUACCCUGAGAGGCCAAUUAUCUUCUAUGCUGUGUGCUAUAUGAUGGUGUCGCUGGUAUUUUUUAUUGGAUUUCUUCUAGAAAACAGAGUGGCCUGCAAUUCUGCCAGUCCAGGAAAUUUCAAGGCAUCUACUGUGACCCAAGGUUCCCAUAAUAAGGCUUGUACAUUUCUGUUCAUGGUUCUGUAUUUCUUCACGAUGGCUGGAAGUGUCUGGUGGGUUAUUCUCACUAUAACUUGGUUUUUGGCAGCUGUACCCAAGUGGGGUAGUGAAGCAAUUGAGAAGAAAGCUCUACUUUUCCACGCCAGCGCUUGGGGUAUUCCAGGAACUCUAACUGUUAUUUUGCUAGCCAUGAAUAAAAUUGAAGGUGACAGUAUUAGUGGAGUUUGCUUUGUAGGUCUUUAUGAUGUUCAUGCAUUACGCUACUUUGUACUUGCACCACUGUGUCUUGAUGUUCUUGUUGGUGUAUCUCUCCUAUUGGCUGGGAUUGUCUCACUGAACCGUGUGCGCAUUGAGAUUCCUCUGGAGAAGGAGAACCAGGACAAGCUAGUUAAGUUCAUGAUUAGAAUUGGUGUGUUUAGCAUUCUGUAUUUAGUGCCUCUGCUUGUGGUCAUUGGAUGCUACUUCUAUGAACAGAGCUAUCGACACAUUUGGGAAACUACAUGGGUACAAGAGCACUGCAGGGAAUAUCACAUUCCAUGUCCAUACCCGGCUAGUCCAUCAAGUCGGCCAGAUCUUAUCCUUUUUUUGAUGAAAUAUUUAAUGGCACUGGUUGUUGGAAUACCAUCUGUCUUCUGGGUUGGAAGCAAGAAAACAUGUUUUGAGUGGGCCAGCUUUUUUCAUGGUCGUCGUAAAAAAGACUGCACUGUAAAUGAGAGCAGACAAGUUCUCCAAGAACCCGAUUUUGCACAAUCUCUGCUACGAGACCCAAACACACCUAUCAUCCGCAAGUCUAGAGGCACAUCUACGCAAGGAACCUCAACCCACGCAUCUUCUACACAUCUUGCUAUGUUAGAUGAUCAAAGGAGUAAAGCUGGAAGUGUUCAUAGCAAGAUGAGCAGUUAUCAUGAUAGUUUACAUCGUUCUCGGGAUGGAAGGUAUACACCAUGCAGUUACAGAGGAGUUGAAGAACGAUUACCACAUGGGAGCAUGUCACGGCUUAAUGACCAAUCUCAGUCAGGCAGCAUGCAUCGGCUCAAUGACCAGUCAAGGCACAGUAGUAUUCGGGAUCUGAACAAUCCUCCUACCCACAUUACACAUGGGAUUAGCAUGAAUCAGGUUCUUGAGGAAGAUGGUGCAAGCGCCUAAAACUGUCAGGAAUAAGCCUCUCUUUUUUUUCUUUUUUUUUCACACCCAGUUAUCAGUGACUCAAAUAAAUGUCAAAAUGCACAUCUUGAAACUGAAUUUGGCAAACAGUGGAUGUGAGGAAGGAUACAUUUUUAACCACUGGUUUUAAAAUAUGUUUGCAUUUCUUCUUCAGUACUAUUUUGAAAUGUUUACGUGUCAUAUGUUAUCUUUAGCAAUUGAAUUAGAGGAAGUGGUGCUGUAGUUAAGAUAGUAACUACUAAUGCAAAGCCUUAAAGUUAACGAACAAUAGGUUAGGUUAUUUUUGUAUCAGUUGUGAAAUAGGAAGUGUUUAAAGAAAAAGAAAAAAUGAUGUUGCUGUAGGUCACCAGGGCUUUAUUAAAUUUAGUAAAUAUGAAACUCAAAGAUUCAGUUGUCUAAAAUUUAAAUUACUGUCUUUCUUUUCAAAAUGAUGCUAAACCUUAACUUUCUGAAGCAUACAGUCAUUAUUUAUUGUCAGCUGAUGUCUGUUCUUGGGGGGAAAAAAGCUGUAAGUUACCAAAAAAAUCUUAUUUCUGCUGUCUUAGCCAGUUGAUAUUGUACAACCAGGCCUUAAACUAUACUUUCUAUUCUUCACAACCAGGCUUUAAAUUAUCCAUUCUGUUCUAACGAGCUGCAUUUUAGAGUAAUUGUCUCAUUCAGAGCCAGCUUGUUGCAUCUCCUGAGGGACUUUGGUAAUGCUCUACUAAAAUGUUUAAUCAGUUAUUGAAAACACAACACAAAUUAAAGGAUCAACAUCACUCAGUGAGGAAUUAAUAUUUAAGAAAAAACUUUUUUUUUUUUUUAUGCAUCAUCUAGAGAGCAUUUGGAACAAACUAGGAACUCUCAGUAUAUGUGGUAUAUAACUUUUACCUUGGUAUUUCUUACAUUAUAACCAAGAUGUUUUCUUAGUUUUAGCAUCACAGGUGCAUAUUUAUAACUUCACCUGCUUUUGUGACAAAAGUAGAGAGAACCACAAUGCGGCCUUCACGACUAACAAAAUGUGUCUGUGCAUAUCUGUGAAGUCUACCUUAAAAGUCCAACAGUGCAAUUAAGUAGACUUCCAUAUUCAGAAACGUUUUUUAAAUUGUUAUUGCUUUCUUCCAGAUGGUGCUAUGCUUUAACAAUACCCAGUUACAGCAACCAGUGUAUUGUCCAUGAAAUUACAGUGCUAGCUUUAAGAAGACCUUGUACUGCAAGCACAGAAAGAGCAAAGAAAAACAUCUAAGAUGACCAGCCAUUUCAAUAGAUUGUUCUUGCCAAGUCUGAAAUGUCCAUAUUUUAUUAUUUCAUACCUUACUUCAUUCAUGUUCAUCUGCAAAAUGUGUAAUAUGCACUGACGAAUUGUGUAUGUUCAUCAUUCUGUUAAAAAAAAUGACUUUAAUUAAUUAAUAUAACCGCAGGCACCACAGUUUACUCCAUGUACAACAACAACAACAUUUAUUUAUAUAGGCACAUUUUCAUACAAAAAGUAGCUCAAAGUGCUUUACAUAAUGAAGAAAAGAAGAAUAAAAGACAAAUAAGAAAUUAAAAUAAGACAACCUUAGUUAACAUAAAAAGG